CGUAUUUGACUUGGGGUGUCUCUUGGUCUUCGCUAAACUCCUUCUUCGAACGAAAGUAUCAUUUAUCAGAAUGUGGAUGACAUUCGUAAGUGGCCUUCAGGCUGUUGCAUCUGCAUCCGCGGAUGAUGCGGCUAAAGCUGCGACGGAAGGAGACUCUACUCUGCCUCCUGACACUAUUCCUAAUUUCGAGGGAAAGCUCCCGACGACACAGGAGCUCCUCGAGAUGCUAGAGUCCAUGACCGACAUAUCGGACGAGGAAAAGACUACUCUUAGGGAAGAUUUGCUGAAAAAUAUCCGAGGUAUCGGCGAAGCUGCCGACAAUGGCUGGACUAUGGAGGCUAUGAUCCUUUUGUCCCUACUGAGCGUUGUUGCUCUCAUUUUCGUUUUCUUCGUCUACAAGCUCUUCAAAUGUCUGUCGGAACGGGAGAUGAAGAAGCAAAAGAAAAAGAAUCUUAAAGAGAAGAGGAAGUAACGCGAUUUAAUGUCAGAGACGCGCUACACGGUCGUACGAGGUGCAAGGAAAUAUAAUAUGCAACGUGUAUCGCGACUUACAGAGACACGUUGCGUUGUUUCGUGGAUGAUGCAUCGUAUUAUAUGUCCGACGCAAGGAGGAUCUACAUUCUAUUACGAUGUAUUCUAUUUUGUUAAAUAAAAUGAUAUAUUUAUGAGUAAAA